CCCAAUAUAAAGCCGUUCGAUAUACCGGCAGUACACCGUACACCGUCAGCACACUGUCAACCCACAGUCAGUACACCAUCAGCACACCGUCAACACACAGUCAGUACACCGUCAGCACACCGUAAACACACAGUCAGCACACCGUCAGCACAUCGUCAGCACACCGUCAGUACACACCAUCAGUACACCGUCAGUACACCGUCAGCACACCAUCAGUACACACCAUCAGUACACCAUCAGCACACCGUCAGUACAUCGUCAGUACACCGUCAGCACACAGUCAGUACAUCGUCAGUACACCGUCAGCACACCGUCAGUACACACCAUCAGUACACCGUCAGUACACACCAUCAGCCCACCGUCAGCACACCGUACCGUCAGCACACCGUCAGUACACAGUCAGUACACCGUCAGCACACCGUCAGUACACACCAUCAGUACAUCGUCGGUACACCGUCAGCACACCGUCAGUACACACCAUCAGUACAUCGUCAGUACACCGUCAGCACACCGUCAGUACACCGUCAGUAUCUGUAG